AGUGACGCCAAACUAUGGCGACGUGAGACAAGUGACAUCACUAUUAGCUGCCCGGCAAGAGCCAAGGUGCUGAAUGUGAUCGGCGUUGCGGGACGUUUAAGCAGCGAUACAGGACUGCGGGCUGCAUUAAGAAAAUAGCAACUGUCCAGCUUGUUGGGCGAUUCCAUUUUCCUAUUAUUCAUCUAUGUUUUGAAGCUGAUAUAAUUACAGUACAGGUUAAAGCAAUACAAUGUCUUUAUACGAUGAUCUUGCUGUGGAGACUAGUGACUCAAAGACAGAAGGAUGGUCAAAAAACUUCAAAUUAUUACAAUCCCAAUUGCAAGUUAAAAAGGCAGCUCUUACACAAGCAAAGACACAGCGAACAAAGCAGAGCACAGUUCUUGCUCCUGUCAUUGAUCUUAAGAGAGGAAGUGCAGCUGAAGAACGCCAGAUUGCAGACACACACCCCCAUGUGGGUGCUGGAAUAAAGGAGUCUGUUCCCAGUGGGUUUUCAGCUGGUGAAGUUCUGGUCCCCUUGGCAGAUGAAUAUGACCCCAUGUUUCCUAAUGAAUAUGAAAAGGUGGUUAAACGUCAGAGAGAGGAGAGGCAACGUCAGCGGGAACUGGAAAGGCAGAAAGAAAUAGAAGAACGGGAAAAGAGACGUAAAGACAGGCAUGAAGCUAGUGGAUUUUCUCGCAGACCUGACCCAGAGUCUGACGAAGAUGAAGAUUAUGAACGAGAAAGGAGAAAAAGACCAAUGGGAGGAGCAGCCAUCGCACCACCUUCAUCGCUUAUGGAAAAUGACAGGGAAUCUAUCGUGCCUGCUUAUGAUGAUGAUGAGCCAAGGCCACGACCACCGAUGGGAAAAGCUGCAAUUCCACCACCUAUGUAUGAUGAGCCAGAGAGGCCAAGAUCACCAACUGGGCCCAGCAAUUCUUUUCUUGCAAAUAUGGGUGGCACUGUUGCCCACAAAAUCAUGCAAAAGUAUGGCUUCCGGGAAGGACAAGGCCUGGGAAAACACGAGCAGGGUCUAAGCACUGCACUUUCUGUUGAAAAGACAAGCAAGAGGGGAGGCAAAAUAAUCGUUGGGGACUUAGCUGACAAAGUUGAAGCAGCUAAGAAAGCAGACCACAACCCUCUAACAGAAAUGCUGAAGAAUCCAACUAAAGUAGUUUUGCUUCGGAACAUGGUAGGUGCAGGAGAAGUUGAUGAAGAACUGGAAGGUGAAACAAAGGAAGAAUGUGAAAAAUACGGCAAAGUUGGAAGAUGUGUCAUUUUUGAGAUUCCUGGUGCACCGGAGGAAGAGGCUGUAAGAAUAUUUUUGGAAUUUGAACGGGUCGAAUCUGCAAUUAAAGCUGUGGUGGAUCUAAAUGGGAGGUAUUUCGGUGGCCGAAUAGUAAAGGCUUCUUUCUACAACCUCGACAAAUUCAGAACUCUGGAUCUUGGAGAUUAAUUUGAAAUGCUUUAUCGUUGUUCUACUGUCUGCAAGUCGGGAAUAUUUACAAUAUAUGUCACGUUUAUUGUGAUUAAACUUUGUUUUCAUUUUUAUAGUAUAAAGAAUUUUUAAAAUGGUAAA